AUGUAUUUGCACCGAUGUGGGUGCUCUAAGACAUACAUUAAGGGGCUGUUUGUUUUUUGUGUGAAGAUUUGCGCAAUCAUUUUUGUCUGCACCGCGCAGACAACGCGCAAACAUAUGUCCUUACAGAUUGUUUGUUUUUUGGAAGUACGCAGAUCAGAAAACGUCUGCGUGAAGUCUUCCUGGCGCAGACAUGAGCCACUGUCUUCAAAGCCGCAGACGUUAAAAACAAACAGUCUUAUUGCAUACUUGUGCAGAUCAGAAAACGUCUGCGCGAGGUCUUCCUGGCGAAGACAUGAGCCACUGUCUUUAAAGACUGCAGGCAUUUGGUCCACCUCUUCUGCCGCAGAGGCUUGCAGAUGCGGUCCGCAGAUUGCAGAUAUUUUGAUUUCAAAAAAACAAAUAGCACCUUAG